AUGCGCAUUUAAAAAAUUAAUAAGCGCAUUUUUCUAAAUUAUUUACUCUAUUUAUUUAUAAUUUUAAAUUCGUCUAAUGUCUGCUACAUUCACACUCAUAAAAACUGCGGGAAUUUUAAUUAUCGGUAAUAAUAAUAAAUAAAAAAAAUAGAUAAUAAAAAAUAUUUAAUAGAAAAUUAUAGGAUAAAAAAAGGCUCGAAAGAUUUAUGAUAAUACAUACGACCAAGUGGAUUUGUGUUUUUUUUUCUUUGACGGGAAACACCAUAGCGAGCAAUAAAGUCUCUAAGGGUCAUAAAUGUCGCGGAUUUAUUUCUCUAAGGAGGGUUUCAUACCAGCGACAAUUUUUACAAGAUAAAUAUCGCAAUGAAGAAUGAGGGGAAAAAAAUAUAAAAUCAAAUAAAUAAAAAAUACACAUGUAGGGUGAAAACAUCUGUUACAUUAAUCCUAAGUAAGAAAACAAAACAAAUAAAAAAAGCCAAUGAAAAUAAAUAAAUACAAAUACAGAAAAAAGUAAGAAACAACUCCAGUAAAAGAAUUACACAAGACUUUUUUCAGGUGAGAUCUUACGCACAGCUUUUGAUCCCCUGGAUUUUAUUGGGCGGGGUUGUGGCUCUCUUAUUUAUUCGAAUUUCUCGCGCUUGCGUUAUCCUACAAACUGUUUAUAUACAUAUAUGUGUAUACAUAUCCAUGUCGUUGAUGUAAAAUAAAAAAAAAAAAAACGUAUGAGUAGUAUUCUCAUGAGGUACAUCUUUUUAAAAUAUAUUUCUGUCACGGAAUAACUACGGUAUUACUCAUGAAAUUCGAAUCGACUUGUGAUCAUUUUACCAUUGAAAUUAUCAUCGAGUAUCGUAUUACUUCUUGUAUAUAAUAAGUAUGACUUUAAAAACAAAAUAAUAAAUAAAUAUAAAAAUGAAUAUGACGUAAAAGAAGAAGAAUAUGAAAAAGUUUAAUAAUAAAGUAAAAAGAUGAUAAAUAAGUACGUGAUAAACAUGAACAAGCAUGAUAAAUAGUUAAAGUUUUAAGAAUAGUAAUUAAGAGGUGAAUUUUGUCUUUACUUGUGGCUCAAAAGUUUACUAAAUACUAAAUAAAAAGAGUAAGAAAAUAUAUAUUUUAAAAGAGAACGCAGGCGCUUUAAUGUAUCGUCUUCUUUCAUUUUUCUCUGUCUAUCUCUUUUGCAUAUAUAUGUACGUAUACAUAUAUAUAGACAAUUCCUCCCACUAUAACGUUCUCAUUUUCUCCCUGUACAAGUCCUCUAGUUUUCAACCCCCGUCGUAGGGAGAGAGCACAGCAUCCAAUACUGAGGCGUUAGUUCGCGGUACAUCGUCUACCCAGAUUGAUGUCAACCGCUCCGUUAAAUUAUCACUAUGAUAACACACCCUCGUACAUAAACUGACGAUCAUUCAUCACUUUACACGCAAUCUUAUUUUAAUAAUUUUUAAUUUAUUUACUUAGCUAAUUAUUUUACUUUAUUUAUUUAAAUAUUUAAUUAACAAAUAGAGUAGAGAAUAAAAUUGAUUAUUAUUCAAAUUUAAAUUUAAAAAAUAUUAAGUGAAAUUUAGUAUAGAAUACAUAAUUUGUUUACAUACUGGAGUCAAGCGAUCUGCCUAAUCUCAGGAUGUUUAUCAGGAUUUAAUUAGCUUUUUAAUUAGUCGUCAAGUGAAAGAGUAGUAGAUAACUGUCGUGUUAACGCCGGAGUAUUAAUCUCAAUCUCUAGAGUCGAGUAUUAUUUUAUUUAAAAGAAGAUGAUAGUGAAGAUGAUUAAAGAAGAAAUUAAAAUAGAAGUUACUCCAAAUGAAGAUACUUUAUAUUUAACACACAAUAAAACAUAAAGAUAUGAACAAAUAGUAAUCAUCAUACAAUUUAACUCCUACUAUUGUACUAUUUAAUUGUACAAUGAAGAUCUUAGUGUUUUCAUUACUACUAAACAUCGCAAUACAAACCAACUACCCGUCGGCUACAGUUACCGCUGAAAUGCUUCAGCAACGAUUGGGUGUCAAUUCUAUCGAUAAAAGUCCAACUUCAAAACCUAUAUCAGAUAUUGACUUACCACCAACUUUACCAAUGAUCUUUGGCACCGAAAAUUCAACUAUUAUUUAUGCACAAUCGGGUUCGACGGCAUUACUACCAUGUAUUAUACACAAUCUUGGCGACGGAACAGUAAGCUGGAUAAGAAGGAAAGCAGUACAGCAAUUGUUAACAGUUGGCCUGACGACAUAUGCAAGCGACGGACGUUUUCAGGCGAUCCACUUUCAUCACAGUGAAGAUUGGACUCUUCAAAUAAAAUACGUACAGUCUAGAGAUGCUGGGAUGUAUGAGUGCCAAGUGUCCACUCAUCCACCCGCAAGUGUAUUUCUGUUUCUCGAGGUCGUUGAAGCAAGAGCUGAAAUAGACGGUCCGGCAGAAAAAUUUGUUCGUCCAGGCAGUACCCUUCAACUACAUUGUCAAGUUAAAAAAUCAACGGAAGUGCCAUCAUAUUUUUUUUGGUACCACAACUUCCGAAUGAUAAACUAUGACGUCGAUCAAGGAGUAAAUGUCAGUACGGAUCUGACGAAUCGUGAAAGCUGGCUCGAAGUACCAAGAGCAUUAGACAGACACUCCGGAAAUUACACCUGCGAGGCAAGUAACGCCGAGAAAGCACGUGUUUAUGUUCACAUAUUUAAUGGUGACAAUCCAGCGGCGAUGCAACACAGUCUUGCGUCAGGACGAUCAACUUUUCUUGCCACACUUGCCUGGCUCAUCAUUUCCGCCGUCCAAACUACUAUUUACUCGCGACUAAGAAUUUUUUAAUGACCACACAUACAUCCACCCACAGCUCUAUUAUUUUCUACAUAUAUUCUGCUCGACUCAUCUGCAUUUAAUUUUUUUAAAUUUAGCUAAGCCCUUUUUUAUUUAAUUUCAUUUUAUUUCCCGACACAACAGCUAAAUAAUAAUACCGCAACCUCUACUUAAACGUGUUAUGUAAAUAUAUAAUAAUUAAAUGCUAAUUUUAAACCACUAUCUCGCACGUAUGUACUAUAUUAAUAAAUA